GUGUGAAUAACGUAUCACCAGCUCCGCAAAUCCGAAAAAAAGUUGGGAAAUCCCAGUCUAAACGUAUACUCUUUUCGCAGUGACUAAGAACUACCACAAAAAAAUGACCAAGGUGCAGGCUAACAAGGCAAAGGACGAAGGUGAGCCAGCUGUCAAGCGUGAGCGCAGGGAGGCGCAUUCGCACAAGAGGGAUCGCAGGGAGCGCAAGAGCCGCAAGAAUCGCAAGGAGUCGGCCGCAGGAGGUUCCUCCUGGAUGAGAAACCGUUCGCCAACGCCAUCGAAUGCCUCGGUGAGUAGCGAGGAAGGCAGCAGCGACUCCAGCUACUCGGACUCGAGCUACAGCUCCACCGGAUCCUCCAGCUAUACUAGCUACUCUAGCUCCACCAGCAGUAGCUCCUCGUCCAGCGACAGCGAGGAGAAGCCAGAAGGUGCCGGCAAGAAAUCGGAGCGCUCCAAGCACUCCUGUUGUCGGCGCCGGCACCAUCGUCGCCAUCGCCGUCACCAUCCGCGUCACUCGCACCGUCACCGGCGCGGCAAUCGCCGUCAUCACUCCGAUCACGGACGCUCCUCAAAGCGUUUGGCCAGGAAAAGUCGUCGCGGGGUGUCCUCUGCCAAGGUAGCAGGCGUAGUCAAGGAGGAGGGUGCUGCCGCUGUUCCUGGGGUUAUACAAAUACCGGCCCCCAUUCCCCUACCCGUGCCAGCACCCAUUCCGGCUGUGCUGCCCGGUCCGGAGCACCACCAACAGCAGAACUCCCAUUCUCAUCUCCAUCCUCGAUCGCAUCCCCAGCCCGUGCCGGCUCCGGUUCCGGCUCCUACUUCGGUCACCAUGCUAGCACCCGUGGGUGCCGUCGCGACCUUGGAGCACCGCAAGCCGCGCAUGCGCUGCUCCGGCUCGCAGACCAUCACCUCGGCCACCAGCGGCCACAGCCAGGCCAUCACCCAGUCCAGCACAAUAACCAUCACUAAGACCAUUGCUAACACCACUGCAACGGCCGCCAGCCAUUCCAGUGGCAAUGCCAACACCUCAAGCGCCAAAACCAAGGUUGGCGGCUCUAGAAUCUCCAGCAGUGCCUGCCAGCCCGCGAAGGUGGCCAUCGCCGCUCCCGCUCCCAACAAGCCGGCUCAUCAAGCCAAGCCGCCAGUGGCUGCCGCAUCCUCGAAAGGUCUAAUGAGGGCCAACCCCAACGCCAGUUCAACCCACUCCAGUUCUAACGCCUCCAACGCCAAGGCCCCAACAGCCAAGGAGCAGGCCAAAAACCCUAAGCCGCGUCGCUCGCACUCCAGGGGUAAGUCGUCGAACAAUGAUCGAUGCCGUCGAGGUCCUGCCACGCCCACAAGUGCGGAGCCCAGCCGCCAGGGUAAAAAUGGUCGAAACGACAACUUUCAGUGGAACCAGCGGCGCAAUAAUCAUUUCGGAGGGGAAGUGGCAAGCGGCGUUGCAGGCGGAAGACGUUCGCAUGGAGGUACGGACGGCGAAGGCAACCAAACGGCCUUCCGUAACGGAAAGGACGGCUUCAAGUUCCGCCAACCGGUUCGCAUUGUGCGUCUGCAUAUCAAGGGACUGACGCGUCAGGUGACCAAGGAACACAUUACCGAGAUCUUUGGACACUUCGGCGCCCUCACGGCGGUCGACUUCCCCAUGGACCGCUACUUGGGGCGCCAGGGGCGUGGCUACGCCUUCGUGGAGUACGCACGUCCGGAGGACUGCGCCUCUGCCAUCAAGCACAUGAACGGCGGCCAGAUCGACGGCAAGCGGAUCACGGUGUCCGCCUUCCAGGAGAGCAUGCUGAAGGCUCCGUGGCGCCACUACCGCCGCUACUCGCCGGUCAAUCGGCGCCACCGCACAGCGUCCCGCUCGAUGUCCCGUUCACGCUCGCGUUCAAAGUCAGGCUCGCAGUCCGCCCGCGGCUCGCGGUCCACCUCCCGUUCGCGCUCCCGUUUCCGCUCCAAGUCUCGAUCGCGCUACAAUCGUCGAUAUCGCUCCCGCUCCCGCUCCAGCUCCCGCGGCCGCGGCCGCUCCCGCUCCCGCUCGUCGCCGCGAUACGGGAAGUACAAUCGCCCCGGCUCGCGUUCGCCCUAGGCAGGCCUUACUGUGUAGAAGCAGACGACAGCGAACCAGGGCGUC